GAGAAGGAGGAGAGGUAUGAAGGUUGAGGAGACCUGUUGAUAGUCCUGUCAUUCACAUUACUGCAGGAGGACCAGCUAAAGGAUGUCUAAGACCCCGUCCACCACGUCUGCAGCCUCUGUAACGUCUGCAGCCUCUGUAACCUCUACAGACAGCAAAGGUGGCAAAUCCCGGAAGACUUCGUCCUCGAGUUCGGAGUCGGCUCCCAAGAAGGUGUCUAAGAAAGAGCAGAAGAGGAAAGACAUGGAGAAGAUACACACCACCCUGCUCAGCAGCGUGUUUGGAGCGGAGAGGGAGUUGGCCCAAGCAGAGUUGGAUGAGCUGGACUUUGCCUUCAAGGAGUUUGACUAUGACUGUGACGGCUACCUGAACUACAAGGACGUAGCUGAGUGCAUGAGGACCAUGGGCUACAUGCCCACUGAGAUGGAGCUGCUGGAGAUAGUGCAACAGAUCAAAAUGAGGAUGGGCGGUCUGAUGGACUUUGACGAUUUCUGUGAGCUGAUGGGUCCCAGGAUAAUGGGAGAGACAGCAGACAUGCUGGGGCUGAAAGAGCUCAGGUCCGCCUUCUCACAGUUUGACCAGGACUCUGAUGGGAAGAUCAGCCAGGAUGAGAUGAAGGAGGCGGUGAAGAGUCUACUGGGGGAGAAACUGAAGAAAGGAGAGCUGGAAGAGAUACUCAAAGAGAUAGACAUCAACGGAGACGGAAGCAUCGACUUUGAUGAGUUCGUCAUGAUUUUGUCCAUUCGGUAAGUGCUGGAAGACCUGAGAAGAUGCUAUCAUUUGUGUGUAUGAUCAGCUUUACGGAUGAGAUGUACUCCUCCAUUUCCUCACUGCUCCUUUUCUCCCCACUCCGGUUCUCUCAUCUAUACUCUGUCACUGAGAAAAUAAAUAUGGUGUACAAUGGGCAAGAUUAUAUUCGAAAAUGUAUUUGGAUGAAUCCGUUUGUAGACACCGAUUGGCUGUAUGACAUCGAAAUAAGAUAC